AUGCCCAAGGCCACCAAACAAAAACGGGGCGGCGCCAGCAGCGGUCCUUACGACCGCAAGGCGCCGUCAAAAAGCAGCUCGGCCAAUACCAACAUCUUCCGCUUCGACAAGGACUUUGGCCAGCACAUCCUCAAGAACCCUGGUAUUAGCGAUGCCAUUGUCGACAAGGCGUUCCUCAAGCCGACCGAUGUUGUCGUCGAAGUCGGUCCGGGUACCGGGAAUAUCACCGUCCGGGCCCUCGAAAAGGCAAAGAAAGUCAUCGCGAUCGAACUCGACCCCCGCAUGGGCGCCGAAGUGACCAAACGUGUUCAAGGCACCCCCCUCGCCAAGAAGCUCGACGUCAUCCUCGGCGAUGUAAUCAAGAUGCCCGAGAUGCCGCCCUGCGACGCCCUUAUCUCUAACACCCCGUAUCAGAUCAGCAGUCCGCUGAUUUUUAAGAUGCUGGCUAUGCCUAAUCCGCCGCGGGUGGCUGUUCUGAUGUUCCAACGGGAAUUUGCGAAACGGCUGGUUGCGAGACCGGGAGAUGCGCUGUACUCUAGGUUGAGUGUCAAUGUCAACUUUUGGGCGACGUGUAAACACAUUAUGAAAGUGGGAAAGCAAAACUUUAAGCCACCACCUAAGGUUGAAAGUGAUGUCGUCAGGAUAGAGCCAUUGAUUGGUUCAGCACGCCCCAACGUCGCUUUCGAGGAAUUUGACGGUCUCCUCCGCAUUGCUUUCAACCGCAAAAACAAGACCCUCCGCGCAGCCUUUAGCAUAAAAGAAGUCCUCGCCAUGUGCGAGCGGAAUUACAAAGUCUACUGCUCCCUCCACAACAUCCCCAUCGACGAGUCCAUCACCACCAGCACCACCGCUGCCACUACCUCCGACGACAUGGACGUUGACAUGGACGACGAUGACGACACCGCCCCAGCCGACGCUGACGCAGAUCAAGACGAAGACGAAGAAGACGACGAAGACGACAUGCCAACCUUCUUCAAAGAACUCCAAGACGCGGAAGCCGCCAAGGAAACCGCCAAGACGCCUAGCCGGAACCCGAAAUCCAAGAUUGCGCUUGUCGUCAAGGCCAAGGUGGAGAAGGUGCUCACGGGCACGGGGCUGGGGGAGAAGCGGGCACGGCAGUGUGAUCAGAAUGAUUUUUUGAAGUUGUUGUUGGCUUUUCAUGAGGAGGGGAUUCAUUUCUCGUAG